AGAUUGCACAUGUGAGAAAAACUUUAGUUUGGUAUAGAGGGAAUUUCCGUGAAUUUCGUGUUGUGAUUUAACAAAAAUUUGGCAAAAUCGUGUUAUUUCCCAUCAAUUCAUUGAGUGAAUCUGUGUUAGAAUAAAAUGAGUAACAUGCAGAAGUUCAGAGGUGGUCGUGGAAACCGAAGAUUCCACCAGAAUAAUGGAGAAAGAUUCCAAAGAUAUCGUGAUUACGAUGAGCACGAUGACCGGGGUGAAUUUCCCAAUAACUUCCAGCGAAGCCCCAACAAAGGGCGACGAGUUAGUUUUAAGACUACUGGAUUCCAAAAAAAUCGUCACAGAUUCUCCGAUGAGACCAUCCGGAGUAUUCUGGAGGAGGACGAUGAUAUGACUACUGGCGGUCCGUCGACCUACAAUCGCACUCAGAAUCGAGGAUCACUUCCGGUCCGUCGACGUGGAUCACCAAUUCCCCGUCGAGGUGGCUUUGGUGGGCCACAGGGAAAGCGUCGAUCAAAGCUCGUGGCUGGUACGUCAGGAUGGUAUCAAGUAGUCAUUCAGCAUGGUCACAAAUUCCCCAAGGAUGUUCUAUUUAAACAAAUCCUCAACAACAUUCAUCCAGAAAUCUUUGUGCCCCACUAUUUUGCCACUGAGGGCAAUGGGUGUUCGUUCUUUGUCGAUGAAUUUGACACAGCUGAGAAGCUGUACAGGAACAAUUUGGUGGAAAUGCCGUCUGGCGAGACGCUAACUUUGAAGGUGUACAGCAGUGUGCCCAAUGUCAACGUGGAUGGUAACCUCAAAGAGCGCAUCAAGUUGGCCAUGGCAAAGCGCUACAAUACCCAAACAAGGUGUCUGGACCUCACAAAAUUCCACGCUGACUCAGAUCUCACAGAUAUCUUUGUGGGGCUGUCUCGGGUGUCAAUUAUGGGGGCAGCUGUUGAUGUAAUUGCUGAGAAUGUGCCCGAGUUAGAGACGUUGAUUCUCACAGACAACAAGAUCUUCGCACUCACACACUUUGACACUCUGGCCAGGAGGUGUGUCAAUCUCAAAAAUUUAUGUCUGAGGAAUAAUAAGAUUCAAACGAUGAACACAUUGGACAAUCUGAAGGCAUUACCACUGACGGAACUCGUACUGACUGGUAAUCCGAUAAAAGACAAAAUGCCCCCACGCCAGUAUAUCAGUGAAGUACGGAAAAGAGCAACGAAAUUGCUUAUACUGGAUGGAGAAACACUUCCGCCCCAAAUUGGAUUUGAUGUGUCAUCAGAGGGAGUUUUGCCACCAGUUAAAGCAUCCUUUCUCUGCGAUGCGGAUGGAACGAGGAUUGUUAAGCCAUUCUUGGAACAAUAUUUUGCACUCUUUGAUUCAGAGAAUAGACAACCAUUGCUCGAUGCAUAUCAUGAGCUUGCAUCAUUCACACUCACAACUUAUUCACCCUUCGAUGAAAUACCAGAAAGAGGCUUGAAGCCGUAUUCCUUCAACAAUCGGAAUAUUCUCAAGUGUAAUUUUGACAGAAAGAGGCGUUUUGUCAAGUACGGCCGUCUUCCGGUUGUAUCCUAUUUGUCAGAACUACCACAAACUCAGCAUGAUCCUCAGUCAUUUGGUGUUGAUCUUACGCUGUGUCUGCCCCAAAUGAUACUCCUGACGAUCACAGGGAUCUUUAAGGAGAAGCGUAAGAAUCAGUCCCAACCUCUGCGUUCGUUCCAAAAAUCACUCCUUAUUGUGCCUUGUGGCAGUGGUUUCUGCAUACGGAAUGAAAUGCUCCAUAUUACUGAUGUCACCAAGGAUCAGACAAUGGGAGCUUUUAAGUCGGUCACAUUGACGGAUAUACCGGUGAAUCCGAUGCAUCCACCACAGGCUCCUGUUGUUCCAGUGACACCAAUUCAAGCCAUGCCAAGUACUUCGGGCAAUACUGUUGAUGAUAUUGCCAAGAUGCAUAUGGUACAGGCGAUGGCUCAGAAGAGCAAUAUGAAUCUGGAGUGGAGUCGAAAAUGCUUGGAAGAGAAUAAUUGGGACUUUGAUAAAGCUGGAUAUGUAUUUACGGAAAUGAAUAAGCUAAACAAAAUACCACAAGAGGCAUUUAUCAAGUAAAAAAGACGAAUAAUUUUGCAGAUUAUCUUCAAUUCAAUUUUACUUCUAAGAUUAAUUUCUUGGUAGGUGUUUAUUUUUUUUUUAAAUGGCACUAUAAAACAAAAUUUAUUAGAAUGAUAAAAGGGAUUGAUGAGUUAGUGAUGAAUGGGAUGAAAUGGGCAAUAAACGCCAAUAUGAUCAUAUACUUGAUGUUUAACAUUAAUCAAUGAGAAAGAUUAUUUUCUUAAGUAAAAAAAAAUUGAAAGAAAGAAAAA